AUGGAUGAAAAUACAAAUACGGAGCUAAAUUUUAACUCCUUAAUUUUACCACUUGAUGGUAAGAGCACGCAUCAUAGCAUUAACAGUGUUAGUAAUAAUAACAGUAACAAUGGGAACAAUAAGGGCAAUAAUAAUAAUAAUAAUUUAAAUAGUACUACUACUAUGAAUUUGAGUACUAAUAUAAGUAAUAAUAUGAGCGAGAGUGUGAAUAAUAAUUUGAACAGUAGUAUGAGCAGUAGUAUGGGAAAUAAUAUAGGAACUAAUAUGGGCAGUAAUAUGAGCCAUCAUUUGAGCAAUAAUAUGAGCAAUAAUAUGAGCAAUAAUAUGAGUCAUAAUAUUAGUAAUAAUAUAAAUAGUAAUUUAAAUAAUAAUAUAAAUAGUAAUUUAAAUAAUAAUAUAAAUAGUAAUUUAAAUAAUAAUAUAAAUAACAAUGUAAAAACAAAUAUGAACAGUAAUGUAAACAUCAAUUUGAACAACAAUGUGAACAACAGUAUAAACAGUAACAUAAACAAAAACGUAAACAAUGGCAUAAACAGUAGUAUGAACAAUAAUAACAGUAAUAAUAGUAUUAACAAUAUAAGCAGGGGGGGAGGUGUUGAAAAUGGUGGACUGAAUAACACAGCUGGACCAGUUCCACCAAUGGAACCUGUAGUAGUAGAAGUGAAAAAGAAAGUGGGUAGACCAAAAGGAGCGGUAUCAGCAAAUAAGAUAAUAAAAAAAGAAGAAAAGGUUUCUACGUCAUCUUCAGGCUAUCCAGGAGUUAGUUGGAAUAAACGAAUGUGUGCAUGGUUAGCUUUUUUUUAUGAUGGUGCAUCAAGAAGAAGUAGAACAUUUCAUCCAAAACAUUUCAAUAUGGAUAAGGAAAAGGCUAGAUUAGCAGCUGUAGAUUUUAUGAAAACAUUAGAAAAUAAUGGAAGAAAAAAAUUAACAAAGAAUAAAGCAGGAAGAAAUAAAACGAAACAUUUAAAUAAUGAUCAUUUGGCAGCAUUACAUAAUAGUGAUGUUGCUAAUAGUUUGAAUACCUUAAAUUCAAAUAACAAUAAUUUACAAAUGCAAUUAAUGUCAAUGAAUCCAGGAUUUUACAUGCAAAAUAUAAAUAGAAAUUUUAAUAUGUCAAGUAUGUCAGCUAAUGAGAGAAAUAAUUUAAAUAAUACUUUUAAUUCGUUAAAUAAUAAUUCUAGUAUGAAUAAUUUAACCAAAAAUAUGCAAGAGCAAAAUGCUUUAUAUAUUCACAAUAGUAAUAACUCGUUAUUUAAUAAUAAUAUGCAUUUAAUUAAUAACACGAAUAAUAACUUAAAUUGUAAUAAUAGUAAUAAUAAUAAUAAUAAUAAUAGUAACAAUGGUAAUACCAACUUGCAUUAUUUGAAUGAUCUAAUUUUUCAUUCAAAUUUGCUUCAAGGAGCAGCAGCAGGUGGUAGUAACGUUUCAUUUCAUGACAGAAAUAUGAAUAAUAGCGCAAACGACUUGUUAAAUUUAGAGGAAAAUUUGGGAUUGCAGAAAAAAGAAGUUGAAGGUUUAAUGAAUGCUUUAUUUAGACAAAAUUAUAAUAUGAAUCUAAAUAUGUCAAGUAUUGAUAAGCAUUUUAUGCAAAACAGUACGAGUAAUAAUAAUAAUAAUAAUGCUAGUAAUAAUAAUGGUAUAAGUAAUAAUAAUAAUAAUAAUAAUAAUAGUAACAACCAUCAGGUUAUGAAUACAUCUCCAUCACAUAGUGGUGGUGGAAAUAGUAACAAUAGUGGUAACGGUAACAACUCCAUUAACAACAAUAAUAGUGUAAAUAAUAAGAGUACAUCAAAUUCUAUUAACAAUAAUUCUUCGCAGAAUGCGCACAUGUAUAUUUCAAAUCAUAAAAAUGAUGCAUUUGAUAAUAACAGUAAUAGUAAUAUUAAUAGUAAUAUUAAUAGUAAUAUUAAUAGUAAUAUUAAUAGUAAUAUUAAUAAUGGUAUUAAUAAUAGUAUUAAUAAUAGUAUUAAUAAUAGUAUUAAUAAUAGUAUUAAUAAUAAUAAUAAUAACGAAUCUAAUAAUAAUAACAACCCAUCUAACUUAUCCAGUUUUUAUGAUUAUAAUUUUGACAUAUAUAGAGGGAAUUUAUCCCCCCAUUUACUUGAUAUGGUAAAUAGAAUGAACAAUGAUUUAAAGGAGGGGAAAAAUUUAGAUAAUCUAAAUGAUGAUAUAAAUGAUUUAAAUUUCCGUUUACAUGAAAACUCAGCAUGGAUAAAUCAACUAAGACAUUCCCAUAAUAAUUUAUGUAACAAUUUAAAUAACAAUCAUUGUGAUUUAUGUGAUACUAACGUUUCACCAGAUCAUAAUAAUAGUAAUAACUUAAAAAAUCAAAUAGAAAUAAACAAAAGAAAGAAAUCAGGUAGUUCUAUCCCUGUGAAUAAUAGAAAAAAUGAAUUGCUUGAUGAAAAUAAUAAUAAUAAUAAUAAUUGUAAUAAUAAUAAUAAUAAUAAUUGUAAUAAUAAUGCUAAUAAUAACUGUAAUAAUAAUAAUACUAAUACUUUUGAUAUGAAUAAUUUACCAUGUAAUUGUCCUGCACAGUUAAGAAACCAGAAAAACCAUAAUCUUUUUUGCAUGUUUUACAAUCAUUCAAAUACACCUCCCCCAAAUGAUAAUUCUUAUAAUUAUUUACCUUGGAAUAAUGCUUCUUCAAAUAAUAAUAUUAUGAAUAACAUGGAAAAGAGUGAAAAGUUAGUGGAUAACACAAAUGGUAAUAAUAACACGAACAGUACUAAUACAAACAAUAAUAGUCGAAAUGUAGGUGAUGCAAAUAACGUUAUUUGUAUAUCUACAAAUAAUAAUAAUAAUCCAAAUAAUGCUCUUCAGCAAAAUGCAAAAAUUUUAUCUCAUACCUUAGAUAUGAAUCAAAAACGGAGUUCUCACACGUCUCAGUAUUCUACAAACCCAAAUAUACAAGACAUUCAAAAACAAUUACACUUUCAAAAUCAGCAAAAUAUGAAUACUCCUGAAUUGCACAAUCCUAUGCAAAUAGUAAAGCAAGGUAGUGGUAAUAAUUACCAGCAAAAAAAUAUGAACAAUAAUAAUAAUACGAAAAAAAAAGGACCCAAAGAAGGCAGAAAAACAUUAUCAGGAGCACCGCAUGAUCUAAGUAUGCAACAUCAUCAGCCAUCCUCCAAGAAAAGCUCAGUUUCUUCCAAUUUUAUUGAACAUAAUAAUUUAUGUACAAAAUUAAAUAGUAUAAUCAAUUUUGAAUGGAUUAGCUCAGAUUUAAAGUUACAUCAAAAUGGAAAUAAACAAGGUUCAUUUGAUGAAAAUGAUACUUGA